AUGGUUGAAUGGACCGAUUCUCAAAUACGUAUCCUUAUCGAUGAGCGUAGAAAUACAGUAGAAAUGAAGAAUAUCAUAAUUUUGGAAGGAAUCGAAUCGGAUUUUGGGAUAGCAUCGCAACCAGAAUUAAUAGAGAACAUAAUACGAGCUUUAAUGGACACCAAUGGAAUCGAAGAGCACGAAGAAGUCGAACGGGUACGCAAGAUUUUGAUAAGUUUUGUACGCAUUUUUGGAAGAGGCCUAAAGAUGAAUUUAAUAGAAUCCAUACUAUUAAUACCACAAACCGUCAAACAUUGCCAGGGAAUUGAAGAAGCCGAAGAAAUUCGGUUGAUAAUCGAAGAAGUCGUAGACGAUCAGCAUCCCCAUCCCGUAAUACAAUAA